UGUUGUACUAAUGAGGAUAGAAAUAAAGGAAAGAGAGAUCUCAUAGGGAAUAGAGUGGGAAGAAAUGUCAGAAGGCGAAACAGAAUCAAACAAACCAGAUGCAGUUCUUGAGGCAUUCGGAUUUAAGAUUGAAUUGGUGAAUGGAGAGUGUGUUUCAGGGCGCUUUGUAGUCACAGAAAGGUGUUGCCAGCCGUUCAAGGUAUUACAUGGAGGGGUGUCUGCUUUGGUAUCAGAGGGUCUGGCCAGCAUGGGAGCACAUAUUGCCUCAGGGUUUCAGAGGAUUGCAGGGAUUGAGCUCAAUAUCAAUCAUCUCAGGGCUGCAGCUUUGGGAGACCAUGUCUAUGCACAGGCCACACCCAUUGUUGUUGGGAAAAGAGUCCAGGUUGCUUCCAACUUCCCUCAUCAAUCUAUACAUACUGCAAUUCCAAUUUUUCAUUUAUAUUUUUGGAAUCUAUUACCAUUUUUUCAAUUGGGUAUUCUUGAUAUUGUCUUUUAUGAUCACUGUUGUUUCUGGAUUAGAUUGUGUGAAUGUUUUUGUAUUCUAUUUUCUAAAAAUAACAGCGAUCCACAAUCUGAUCACAUCCAUAUAUAUUUCUUUUGGUAUUCUUACCACAGAGGUGAAAUUUAAUCCUUUGAAUAUUCUUGAUAUUGCUUUUUAUGAUUGCUAUUGUUUCUAAAUUAGAUAUGUGAAUGUUUUUAAUUCUUACUACAGAGGUGAAAUUUAAUCCAUGUUUUCCAAGAGUUUUGAAUUUCACUUUUUGGGCCUCUCUUUUACCUGCUGUCUGUUAUGCUCAUAGAUCCAGGCACUCAUUUUGCCUUCAUAGCUGAUUCAAUAAUUCGAUCCUGUAAAUUGAGUGGAGUGGAAUGUUUUGAAACCGAUAAAAAACAGGAUUGAAAGGAAUCCUGAGCAUUUUGAAAAACAGUCACAAAAAGACAUAAGGAAAGAAUCUCAUGAGCAAUGAAAUUAAAAGCAACAGAAACUAAUUACCAGGGGUUCAAUCAGCGAAUGUGAAAAAUUAGAUUCAAGCAAUCAGUUUUUCUUUAAAUGCAAAUUCCUGUACGUUUAAUUAAAAACAAGGGAGUUUUAAUAAAGUUGUGUCCUGUUCGUUUGAUAGCAGUAAGUUUUUGUUGUGCCAGGUAUGGGAAGUGAAGCUGUGGAAAAUUCCCGAGUCCAUUUUUUCUUCAAAAAUAGAUUCUUCAAGUUUACCCGACAAGUCUGUGAUGGCAGUUUCAAGGGUGACAUUUUUAUCAGGUAUGCAGGUUCCCAAGUCUGCAUCCGGUGCUACCGACGCCAUCAAAAGGUUAGCCAAGUUAUAGGGGGGGGAUGAUGCUGAACACUUCAAAAUUCAAUACAAUGACUGUUCAAGGAAUCCAGAGAUUUUUUAUCCUGCACAGGACGGGAAUGUGAAUUUUAGGGGCGAUUGGCAGCAGCAGAUGCAUUGAAGUGGUGGCCUCAUUGAGGGGAAUUUAGCCCGGGUCGAACCUGGGAGUUGUGAUUUACAUAAAUAAUUGAAGCUCUGUUGAAUUUAGCAAUACAUAAAUGAAUAGAUCAACUGAGAACAUCCUAUGUCAUGGAAGCGAUUAGCAAUCCAUUAUGUUGGGUAAUACAUGUAAAUUAUUCAUAUCAGUAGUCAGCAAUCGGAUUAGGUCUAUUGUACGUGGAUAAGGUUCUGCCUCAGAUGGGCCUUACAUCACUUCCCAAUUAUGCUUUCCUGUUACACAUUAUGAUCUCACACUUUGUAAAAUUACAAUGCUUAUAAUCAAAUUUUCAUGCCACUA